AUGGUAAAACGUAAUUCAAAAAUUCGUGCAACUCGGGAAGAUCAAAAAACUAGUACUGAAAUAAUAACAAAUGAUGAAGAACUUUAUCUCACAUUUAUUCCUCAUAGUGGAUUUCACAAUCAAAGGAUUGCUUUAGAGAAUGCGAUAGUUCUAUCUUGGUUUUUAAAUAGAACAUUAGUUAUGCCACCAUCUUUACUUGGAAUAAGGAGACCGCUCCACAAAUUGGAAAAUGAUUUAUCAGGAUUGAGAUCAGAACCAGCAGAAAUUGUUUGCAAAAAUGCCAAACCUGAAUAUAAACCUAGUUGUAUUCAGUUUCAUAAUUCUUAUACAUUUUAUCCAUGGGACAGUUUGUUCAAUUUUAGUAUUGUUGCAGAAUAUAAUGUUAAGAUUUUACCUUUAUCGGAUUACAGCGAUAAGAAAAUAUUUAACAUUUUAAAUAUAAGCGAUCCUUUGAAUCAAGUUUAUAAAUCAUUCACAUCUCACACCAAUCAUUCAUUUUACGAUUUUGAGACUCUUGACGCUAAAACAUUAAAAAAAAAUCCAAAUAAGGAUUUUGAGUCUUUAUUGGCUCUUAGAAAUAACACAAAAAAACUUUUUUAUUUUGGUAGUUUAUUUGGAACAAAUAGAUUAAUGCUUAAAUCAAGUGAGAGUAAAAAAUUCUUAAACGAAAUAAGAGCAAAUCUGAUGCCAAACAAUAAAAUAAUGUUGGAAGUUGUUGAUAAAAUUGUUGAUAAUUUGGGUGGAUACUUAAAGUUCAUAUCAGUUCAUGCUAGAAUUGGUGACAGUCAUUUUCGUUCAAAUAGAAAUCAACAUCUUACAAAAUUUAUCAACGAUAUCAAUAAGGAUUUUCCAAAUUUAUCAAAUUUUCAACAAACUUCGUAUUCAAAUUACUCAUGUCAACCCCAAUCUCAUUUCAACAGUUCAAUUCCAAAUUUAUUUGUUGCUAGUGAUGUCGCUAAAAACAGUAAAUUGAUUAUCCCCUUUAUUAAAGUCUUCCCCUGUUUAUAUAUGCUUUCGGAUUUUUAUCCUUUCCUUGAACCUUAUAGAACACUUAAGAAUCCAAUUGACAAUAAAAUAUUGUAUAAAUUUUUAUUACCUUUAACCGAUCUUAUGGUGGCUGCAAGAGCUUCAAAUAUUUACUCUGUGCAUGCUAGUACAUUUGGUCGUUACUUAAAUGCAUAUCAUCGUUUCUUAGAUAGAAACAUAGUAAUAGAUUGA